GUCCGCGCCUCGUUUCCCGCUGCCGCCAUGCUGUCCGCCGCGCUGCUCCGCCGCCCUGGCCUGGGCCGCCUCAUGCGCCUGGCCCGCACCUACGCCGAGGCCGCCGCCGCUCCGGCCCCUGCCGCGGGUCCCGGGCAGAUGUCCUUCACCUUCGCGUCGCCCACCCAGGUGUUCUUCAACGGCGCCAACGUCCGCCAGGUGGACGUGCCCACACUGACGGGAUCCUUUGGCAUCCUGGCAUCCCACGUGCCCACACUGCAGGUCCUGCGGCCCGGCCUGGUGGUCGUCCAUGCAGAGGACGGGACCUCCACCAAGUACUUUGUGAGCAGCGGCUCGAUCACAGUGAAUGCAGACUCCUCUGUGCAGCUGUUGGCUGAGGAGGCUGUGACUCUGGACAUGCUGGACCUGGGGGCGGCCAAGGCCAACCUGGAGAAGGCGCAGUCGGAGUUGUCAGGAGCUGGGGACGAGGCCCGGCGGGCUGAGAUCCAGAUCAGGAUCGAGGCUAGUGAGGCCCUGGUGAAGGCCCUCGAGUAGCCGUGUGCGCCUACAGGGCAGGUGGGUAGAGAGCCGAGGCUGGGGCAGCAACGCUCAGGAGCCAGCGCAGUACAGCCUGACAGCCGCCCUCCACUGGCUGCCCAUCACAGGCAGCCGUGGAGACAGUACCCCUGGACAAGCACCGAUCCCUCUGAACCCCGAUUAAAAACCAGGAACUGUA